UACUCGGCACGUUGAGGGCAGAGCUCAGUCAUUUCACCGUGCACAAGGAGAACAGCACUAGUUUGUCCACCGGAGAAACAAAGCAAAGUCCUUAGAACUUAGGAUCAAUUUAUUUAUUUAUUUAUCUUAUAGCUAUUUGUAUUUGAUCGUUUUGGAAUGAGCGGAGUCUUUCUGAAGUUGUUCCACGCGGUGCUACUUGGCGUGGUCCUCUUGGCACCACAGUUCCGCGCUUCCCCGCUCCUGGAGCCGAUCCGGUGCGCGCAGUGCACCGCAGAGCGCGUGGCUGAGUGUCCUACAGUGGAUGCUGGUUGUGCAGAGGUGCUGCGGGAGCCGAGAUGCGGCUGCUGUCUGGCGUGCGCGCUUAAGCGCGGGGAUUCUUGCGGCAUUUACACGGCGCCCUGCGGCUCUGGGCUACGCUGCUUGCCCACACCUGGAGAACUGCGGCCGCUGCACGCCCUCACACGGGGCCAAGCCGUGUGCACUGAGAUCAUGGAGGACGUGCAGAGCCGCACGCACCAUUCACCAGAUCAGCACGAGUUGGAGGUUGAUGGUCGGAGCGACGCUUCUGCGGGACCCGAAGCCGCUUCACCGAUCGUGGUGUCGGGUCACAUCAAACCAUUCGACCCGUGGCUUCUCAGCGGCGCACAGGAGAGCAUGAAGUCCAAAGUGAACAACUACCGGAGGAAACUUGUUGAGCAGGGCCCCUGCCAUGUGGAGUUGCAGAGAGCCCUUGAGAAGAUUGCUCGAUCCCAACAGAAGCUGGAAGAAAAGCUGACCAAGUUCUAUCUGCCUAACUGUGAUAAACAAGGACUGUACAAAACUAAGCAGUGUGAAUCGUCUCUGGAUGGCCAAAGGGGGAAGUGCUGGUGUGUGACGUCGUGGAAUGGAAAAAAGAUUGUGGGAUCGAGUGAACUACCCACAGAUGCUGAGUGCCCUCAGGAGCUCAAUCACUGAUCACACAACCGCACACACAUCCAGGCCCUAAGGAACUCUUCCACUCAUGGACUGUUUUUCACACAGAUAUACAUACAGAACAUUAUGCCACUGAUUUCUUUUCUAUUUUCUAUUUAUUUAUUGUAGCUUAUAUGGUUUUGUUUUAUGCAGGUACACUGUUUUUAAAUGAGUGAAUAUUAGUUCACUAAACCCACCAAAAUCUUUGCAUUUUAUUUUCUUGUUUCUAAAAGGAUUCUGUAUUAAUAUUUACUUAAUACAUCCAUGCAUAUUUAUUUAAACUGAAUGUAUUCCAAUAUAAUUGUUUUGGGUGAGAAUAUUUAUACCUUAUGCCUUAUUACUGUUAUUAUUUUUGUAUGAUGUAUAAAUGUAUAUGUUCAGUGUGUUUUAUAAGUCAGUUGUCUUAUCUUUCCAACAGACUGUUGGACUCUUAAUGGAAAAAAGCACUGCAUGACCAAACCACAUUGUCACUACAUGUAGCCUUCCAUGCAUUUUCUGUUUUUACACUAUUGACAUUUUUUUGUUUUACUUCUUUUCCUCUAUUGCACAAGUAAGUGAAGAAGACUAAAACAUUCACAAUUCUUUAUUUUGUUCUGCAGUGCAUGAUGGGUAUUGGUCUUCAUAUCUUCUGAAACGGGUAACUACCUUUUCCUACCUCUGUUUUUGAAGAUUUAUUGUGUCUGUGUUAUUUCUGAGAGACUUUGCUUUUUGCCACUGUGGCUUUUUGACCAUGGACUUAGGACCACUUAAGGCUGAGUGCUUGUAAUUGGUGGAUAUACAUUGUUAUAUAUAUAUAAAAUAUAUAUAUAUAAAAUAUAAUAUACGUGUGCUUUUUUUAAUAAAUUGUGGGAGAAAAUGACUUUGUCCUGGUGUCACUUCGUGCCAGUAAAAGAGCUGGUGUCACUUCGUCUGGUGUGCCAUGGAAAAUAACCCAUUUCUGCUGUUGUGAAACAACUUGAAACAAAGCAUUAAAUAUCAUUUUCCAAACAUGGUGUAACUUACAAGAUACCUGAAACAACCUUAA